AUGGCAGACUCUUACAUGUGCUGUCUAUGUGCCGACGCACUUCGGGACCCCAUCACCAUCCCUUGUGGGGAUACAUUUUGCCUGGAAUGUAUCAAGAUCUACUGGGACCAACUGGACCACCUGGGAAUAUAUAAUUGCCCAGAUUGUAGGGCAACUUUCACUCCUCGACCUGUCCUGCGCCGCAACGUGCCCAGUGUUAGUUCUCGGGAACUCCAGUCACCGUUAACACCGUUAACACCCUUUCCAGAUCUCAAGAGGGACUCUUUGUGUGAUUUCUGCACAGGCCGAAGGAACCGGGCAGUCAAGUCAUGCCUGGUGUGUCUCGCAUACUACUGUGAGACACAUGUCAAGCCUCACUACGAGUCAGCCACGUUCAAGCGGCACAAGCUGGUCGAUGAAACGGGGCACCUUGACCGUAAGAUCUGCCCACAGCAUGAGAAAAGCCUGGAACUGUUCUGCAAAUCGGAUCAGAUGUGUAUCUGCGUUCUCUGCACAGUGAGGGAGCACCGUGGCCACAACACGGUUAGUGCAGAGGACGAGCGUGCUGACAAGCAAAAAACGCUAGUGGUGACCCAGUCCGAAGUCCAGCAUGUUAUCCAAGAGCGCAUGAAGGAACUACAGGACCUCCGACACAAUGUGGAUGUUCUCAAGGGUAAUGCUCAUCGUGCCCAAGAGGCCAGUGAUAAGAUCUUCAGCGAGAUGCUGCAGUCUGUGGAGCGCUGGCAUGGUGAGAUUUGUCAGCUAAUUCAAGCUAACCUGCAGGCUGCAAUGGCACAGGCCGAUAGCUACGUGGAGCGGCUGGAGCAGGAGAUCAUGGAGCUACAGCGGCGAGAUGCAGAGUUACGGCAUAUACUUGACACUGAAGACAAUAUACAUUUUCUACAGAAUUUUCCGGUGCUGUGUAUUGCCCCAGAGCCAAUGGUGCCCAAAGUCUUGAUCAACCAAGAGUUCUCUUUUGGCGAGGUUACCAAAACUGUGACUGACAUAAAGGAACACCUUGAUGACAUCUGCAAAAAAGAGAUGGACAACUUGUCCAAAAAAGUGACUGACAUCCCAGUUUAUGUGUUAAACCCCAGGACUGUUGGUCGGUUUAAAGGUAAUGUCCUUUUUUUAGUCUUACAAACUGCAUACUACCAAAAUUCUUAUGAAAAGGGUUCUUUUAAUCGGUCACUUUUAAUAAAUAUCUUAGAUACUGUUUCCCUCAUACCAACAAAAGCUGAUGUUCAGGAGCCCAAAACACGAGCAGACUUCCUCAGAUAUACAGUGAGACUUACCUUUGACCCCAAUACGGCCUAUAAGGAGUUGGUCCUCUCCGACGGGAACCGCAGGGUCAUGCGGAAGCGCAUGGUCCAGUUCUACCCAGAGCAUCCGGAACGCUUUGACGGCUUUUGCCAGAUCUUGUGUGCCGAGCCCCUGAGCGGCUUCCGCCAUUACUGGGAGGUGGAGUGGAGCGGCGAGUUCUCUGUUGGUGUCACCUACAAAAGCAUCAGCCGCAAAGGCAAGAACUCUAACAGUCUGCUCGGGUACAACGAUCGUUCCUGGAGCCUGCUUUGUUCCGACUCCGGGUACUCGGCCUGGCACAACAAGACAGACAAAGACAUUCCAAGAGCUGCCAGGGCCUCACGGAUUGGUGUGUAUCUCGAUUACGCCGGUAAUUCUGUGUCCUUCUAUUCCGUCUCAGAAAACAUGCAGCUCAUCUACAGGUUUCACGCCAAGUUCUCCGAGCCGUUGUACGCCGGGUUUGGAGUUGGAGCCUCUGUAUCUCUGUGCUCACCAGAGAAGAUCACACAGCUGUACUCUUGAGUAAAAGAUCGUGCUGGAACAUAACUAAACCUGCUAAUACUCGGACGACUCAACGUUCUUCGAAUAUUUACGAACUAUUAGCUGACCAGCAGGGUUCUUAUCUAAACCUUCUCAUAAAAAAAAAAAAACACAGUUACAGGGUGCUCUGUAGCCGAACACCUUAUCAAUUUAUCGUUUACCUAUUCAUAUUAGCAUGCUAAUGACCUAGCAUGCUUACUAGCCUGAGUAACAUAAUGGCUGCAUUAUGUAAGCAGAGCUGAUAUGUAAAAUCUUACUUUAAAAUUAUUUAAAGUAUUAAAGUAAGUUGUUUCCAUGCAUUUCUAUAUAUUUAACAAGCUUUGUACAUGCAUUGUAAAUUUUGUAUUAUUUUGAACAAAUGUGAGAAUUAAACAAUACAUACAAUCAUCAUACUCAUCGUAACAAAGACGCUCACGUCUUAAUUAUGUCAUUAAUUCUUCACAUCAAACAAACAUUUCCUGGAAUCUUUGUUUAGCCUAAAUGACUAACGACUAAUUAACACGCCCGCCGGGCAUCGACGAGAACACGUCAUCGCUGUGGUAUUUCUGAGCAAUCCAGCCGACUCGCGGUCUGACGCCA